AUGUCGCAAGCGCGGAUAUACGCGGACGUGAACGUGCAGCGGCCCAAGGAGUAUUGGGACUACGAGGCGCUCACCGUGCAGUGGGGCGACCAGGACGACUACGAGGUGGUGCGCAAGGUGGGGCGGGGCAAGUAUAGCGAGGUGUUUGAGGGGGUCAACGCGGUCAACAGCGAGAAGUGCAUCAUCAAGAUCCUCAAACCCGUCAAGAAGAAGAAGAUCAAGCGAGAAAUUAAGAUUCUGCAGAACCUGUGCGGCGGCCCCAACAUCAUCCGCCUGCUGGACAUUGUGCGCGACCCGCAGAGCAAGACGCCGUCGCUCAUCUUUGAGUUUGUGAACAACACCGACUUCAAAGUGCUCUACCCCACGCUCUCUGAUUACGACAUCCGCUACUACAUCUACGAGCUGCUCAAGGCGUUGGACUUCUGCCAUUCACAGGGCAUCAUGCACCGGGACGUGAAGCCGCACAACGUGAUGAUCGACCACGAGCAGAGGAAGCUGCGCCUCAUCGACUGGGGCCUGGCGGAGUUCUACCACCCCAACAAGGAGUACAACGUUCGGGUGGCAUCUAGGUACUUCAAGGGUCCCGAGCUGCUAGUGGACCUGCAGGAUUAUGACUACUCGCUGGACAUGUGGAGCCUUGGCUGCAUGUUCGCUGGCAUGAUAUUCCGCAAGGAGCCUUUCUUCUACGGCCACGACAACUACGACCAGCUUGUCAAAAUCGCCAAGGUGCUGGGCACGGACGAGCUGAACAGCUAUCUGGGCAAGUACAGCAUCAUGCUGGACCCGCAUCUGGAGGCGCUGGUGGGGCGGCACAGCCGCAAGCCGUGGUCCAAGUUUGUCAACAGUGACAACCAGCACCUUGUCUCCCCUGAGGCGGUGGACUUUCUGGACAAGCUGCUGCGGUACGACCACCAGGACCGACUCACAGCCAGAGAGGCCAUGGCGCAUCCGUAUUUCUACCCUGGCUGCGCCAGUGCGCGGGAAGGGGCUGAAGGCGAGUGCACGUGGAAGCGAUCGGCGGAAGGCAGCAGCAGCAGCGGGAAGGAGCGCGCGAUUGGGGUGCCGUGCGAUGGCGAGCGAGGGCGGUUCCGCCACAACCGUUUCAGCGCCCUCCACGGCCACGCAGCUUCCCGACCUCAUGACGGAGUUCAUGGUGGACAUGUCGUGCUAGAGCUGCGUCAAGAACGUUGUGCUCCCCUUACUUCUCCCUCCUUCCUCCCUUCUCUCCCUCCUUCCUCCCUUCUCUCCCCCCCUCUCCUCCUCACCCUUGGUCUCUCACAGGCCGAGUUCAUGGUGGACAUGUCGUGCCAGAGCUGCGUCACGAGCGAUGUGCUCCCCAUGUCGUCCGUAGCACCGAGUUCAUGGUGGACAUGUGCUGCCAGAGCUGCAUCAAGAACAGUGUGCUCCCCGUGCAUUCUCCUUCCCCACUUCCUCACCCCUCUCCGCCCCUCCCCUCAUGCCUAUCAGACGGAGUUCAUGGUGGACAUGUCGUGCCAGAGCUGCGUCAAGAACGUGCGGGGGAAGCUGGAGCCUCUGGAAGGUGAGUGGGAUGGGAACCAUUGGGAUGGGGCGGUGGGCGCCACCUCCCCAUGCCUCUCCUCCCUCUGGAAUGGAAGUGCCACGCUGGUCCGUCCUCCUCCCCCUUCACUUCCUUCAUCCCCCCUCUCCCUCUCUCGCCAUCUCCCACCAGGUGUCAAGCUGGUGGACAUCAGUCUGGAGUCGCAGGUGGUGCGUGUGUUGGGGAGCGCCACGCUAGCCCAGCUGGAGGAGGCGUUGAAGAAGAGCGGCCGCAAGGCGCGGCUGAUCGGCCAGGGCGACCCGUCGCAGCUGGCCCUCACAGCAGCAGUGGCGGAGUUCAAGGGGCCGGUGAUCCACGGUGUAGUGCGGUUCGCCCAGGUGAGCAUGGAGGAGGUGCGGGUGGAAGCGCAGUUUGACGGCCUCUCCCCCUCCACCGCCCAUGCGUGGGCUGUCAACGAGUAUGGAGACCUCACGCGCGGCGCUGACAGCACCGGCAGGUGCCAUCCAGGGGAGGCGCCAUCUGCUGCUGUUGCUGCUGAUGGGCCUGCAGGCGAUCUGGGAGUUCUGAACACGGACGACAAGGGUCAUGCCUCCUAUGCAGCACCCAGCACGCGCCUCAAGGUGUGGGACCUCAUAGGCCGGGCCGUGGCGGUGUAUGACGGGGCUGACAGGAGCAGCAGCAAGGGGCUGGCAGCAGCGGUGAUCGCGCGCAGUGCAGGAGUGGGGCAGAACUACAAGUCGCUGUGCUCCUGUGAUGGCACCAUCAUCUGGGAGGCCACUCCCAGCGACUAUGUGCAGCAGAAGUAG